AUGGAGAAGGGGUACAGCACGGUCACCUUCGACGGGACGCCCGGCUACGGCCACGCGCCCUCGCAUCAUGCGGCCCAGUUCCCCAACCACUCCUUCAAGCAUGAGGACCCCAUGGGCCAGCAGGGCUCGCUGGGUAAGCGCGGGACCCGCGUGGGGGGCCCUUCCCCCAGAACGCCCCUUCCCCGGCAGUGUCCAGCCCACGGCCAUGACAACUUAUACCAGAUGACCUCCCAGCUGGAAUGCAUGACCUGGAACCAGAUGAACUUGGGAGCCACCUUAAAGGGAAUGGCGGCUGGGAGCUCCAGCUCUGUGAAAUGGACAGAAGGGCAGAGCAACCACGGCGCGGGCUACGAGAGCGACAACCACACGACGCCUAUCCUCUGCGGCGCUCAGUACAGGAUACACACCCAUGGCGUCUUCAGGGGCAUCCAGGAUGUGCGGCGUGUGCCCGGGGUGGCCCCGACUCUUGUCCGGUCGGCAUCUGAGACCAGUGAGAAGCGCCCCUUCAUGUGUGCGUACCCAGGUUGCAAUAAGAGAUAUUUUAAGCUGUCCCACUUGCAGAUGCACAGCCGGAAGCACACUGGUGAGAAGCCAUACCAGUGUGACUUCAAGGACUGUGAGCGGCGGUUUUCUCGUUCAGACCAGCUCAAAAGGCACCAGAGGAGACACACAGGUGUGAAACCCUUCCAGUGUAAAACUUGUCAGCGAAAGUUCUCCCGGUCCGACCACCUGAAGACCCACACCAGGACUCAUACAGGUAAAACAAGUGAGAAGCCCUUCAGCUGCCGCUGGCCCAGCUGCCAGAAAAAGUUUGCCCGCUCGGAUGAGCUCGUCCGCCACCACAAUAUGCACCAGAGAAACAUGACCAAACUCCAGCUGGCGCUGUGAGGGGUCCCCC